AUGGCUUCGACUUUUGUUAGAAGGCUGGAAGGCAAGGUAGCAAUAAUCACCGGUGCUGCUAGUGGAAUUGGCGAGGCGACUGCCAGAUUGUUCUGCAAACAUGGAGCUAAAGUUCUGAUUGCAGACAUCAAAGAUGACUUGGGAGAGAAGGUAUGCAAAGAAUUGGGUCAAUCAUCAGCCUCUUUUGUCCACUGUGAUGUAACUAAAGAAUCCGAUGUAGAAACUGCAGUUAACACAGCUGUUGCCAAAUUUGGGAAAUUGGAUAUAAUGCACAAUAAUGCUGGUAUAGGGGGAGUAGCAAAUCCAAACAUUCUUGAAAUCGAAAAAUCAGAAUUCGAAAAGAUUAUUAGUGUAAAUCUCGUAGGUGCAUUCUUGGGCACUAAACAUGCUGCCCGUGUAAUGAUCCCAAACCUCUGUGGGAAUAUAAUCACGACUGCCAGUACUUGUUCAAAAAUAGGAGGUUCUUCUUCACACGCAUACACAAGUUCAAAACACGGGGUGGUAGGACUCACAAGGAAUAUCGCGGUGGAGCUCGGAAAAUAUGGCAUUCGCGUAAAUUGCGUGUCGCCACACCUAGUUGCUACACCUCUAGCAAAGGAUUUUUUCAAAUUGGAUGAUGAGGGAUGCCAUGGUGUAUAUUCCGUCCUCAAAGGUGUUGUUCUUAAGCCAGAGGACGUGGCUGAAGCUGCUCUCUUCUUGGCAAGUGAUGAGUCUAAGUAUGUGAGUGGACACAACCUUUUGGUUGAUGGAGGCUUCACAAUUGUCAAUCCCAAGUUUUGCAUGUUUGAGUAA